UUAAUGCUGUAUUUUUCUUUUCGUUUCCGCUGGGCGCUGCCGCUGCCUUUUACCUAGCAGAAGCAGAGAGGAGGAGAAAGAAGCAAAUAGUGUGCAGAGGAAGAGAAAAUAGAGAUGUCGAAGACGCUAGUUCAGCCUGUAGGCCAAAAGAGACUUACCAAUGUUGCUGUUGUGCGUCUCAAGAAGCAUGGUAACCGUUUCGAAAUCGCUUGUUAUAAGAAUAAGGUCCUUUCAUGGCGUUCUGGCGUAGAGAAAGAUGUGGAUGAAGUGUUGCAGUCACAUACUGUUUACACCAAUGUGUCAAAGGGUGUACUUGCAAAGUCUAAAGAUUUGAUUAGGGCUUUUGGAACUGAUGAUCAAACCAAAAUCUGCCUGGAGAUUUUGGACAAAGGAGAGCUGCAAGUUGCAGGGAAGGAGAGAGAAUCACAGUUGUCAAGUCAGUUCAGAGAUAUUGCUACCAUAGUUAUGCAGAAGACAAUCAAUCCUGAAACUCAGCAUCCAUACACAAUUAGCAUGAUUGAACGUCUGAUGCAUGAAAUCCAUUUUGCAGUUGAUCCAAAUAGCAGCUCAAAGAAACAGGCACUGGAGGUCAUUCGGGAGCUUCAAAAGCAUUACCCCGUAAAACGUGCCCCCAUGAGGUUGAGGAUACAUGUACCAGAACAAAGCAAUCCUUCUGUCCUGGACAAGCUUAAGGAGUGGAAUGCCUCCAUUGUGUCGAGAGAAGAAUCUGGAAGUCAGCACUCCAUUAUUUGUGAAAUUGAGCCUAGUCUUUUCCGGGACUGUGAUGCCUUAAUAAGGAAUCUACAGGGUAGAGUGGAAAUUCUUGCAGUCAAUGUACAUGUGGAGGGGGAUACUUUCGUCGAUCAGUUUGAUGAUCACGAGGAUGAUUCAUCAAGUUUAAGGAAGGAUUCUACAAGUUCAGUCCUUCAGCUGAGUGAGAAAAUGCAAAAGCAGACUAUUUCUUCAGAAAUCGGGAAUUCUAGGGAAGAACAGAAACUGAGUAAACCUGCAAAAAGUGGGAGUUCCGAGGGCGAAGUAAAACUGAACAGGUGCACUACUUGCAAUGCUGUUGUGGGAGAUUCAAAAGAAUACAGAGAGCAUUUCAAGAGUGACUGGCAUAAGCAUAACCUAAGGCGUAAAACUAGACAACUCCCUCCACUUACAGCUGAAGAAUGUAUGGCUGACCUGGAACUUGGAGACUCGAAGGCUGAUCUAAAAGAAUAUUCAUUUUGAGGUUUUGAUGCAACUAUUACUGAUGGUAAGGAUUGAUGCUGCACAAGUCAUACAUGUAAUGUUGUGCAUUAUUUGGUGGCCAAGUUUCUGUUAAGAAGUCCAAGAGGGUAAUACUUUAUUUGACUAAUAGUUGUUGAGGUGGUGGAUAUUUUUGUACAUGAAUUGGUAUUUUUGACCACUUGUUGGAUUGAAGUAUAGCUUGUACUAGGAUUAUUGUUGAUACCAACUGGUAUAUUCUACCUUGGUCUUAUGGUAAAUGAUAUUUUAGCCUUGUGAUGAUCGAGGUAAAUAUUUUC